AUGGGAAGCAUGACAGAGUACGAUGUCCUUUCUGUAUCAUUUAUUUUUGCAUCUUCUACAUCAACAAUGGCAUCUCUAUGUAGCAACUAUUGGUACGUAUCAAAAGUACAUACAACUCUCCACAGUGGCUUAUGGAGAACUUGUAGUCCAGUCAAAACGUUUCAUCCUACUGUUACUGAAUGUCGUUUCGUGGAUUCGAGUAGCUUAAAUAUUUUUCCUAGGAUACUUAUCAUCUUGACUUGUCUGAUCUUACUCACAAGCUCCAUCUUGAAAAUUGUGAACGUUUCUGGAAAACGCAUAAAGAUCGCAUCUAUCAUUCCCAAAAUUCUUUUAGUUGCAGCUCUAGCAAUGAUAGUAGCUAUGUUAUUAGCUACCUUUAACCGACCUUUAAACAUGACUAAUUACGGUUGGAGUUAUUUGCUUGGUUGGGUCAGCGUAGUGCUGAUAUCGAUAAUCACAGUGCUGGACAAAAUGUUGCAUAUUAGGGAAGUUAGUAAUGCUGAAAUGUAA